AUGAAGCUGAGCGACAGCGUGCUGCGGAACUUCCAUGUCACCAAGGUGUUCCGCGAGAACUCGGACAAGAUUAACUGCUUUGACUUCAGCCCCAACAGCGAGACGGUCAUCUCGAGCAGCGACGACGACUCCAUCGUGCUCUGUGACUGCCAGGAGGGCAAACCAAAGAGAACCCUGUACAGUAAGAAAUAUGGCGUGGACCUCAUCAGAUACUCUCAUGCAGCAAACACAGUUGUUUACAGCCCUAACAAAACAGACGAUACUAUCAGUUACCUGUCCUUGCAUGACAACAAAUACAUCAGAUACUUUCCUGGACAUAGCAAAAGGGUGGUGGCCUUGUCCAUGUCACCUGUGGAUGACACUUUCAUUUCUGGGUCUCUACAUAAGACCAUUCGGCUCUGGGAUCUCCAGUCUCCUAACUGCCAGGGUCUCAGGCAUCUACAGGGCAAGCCAGUUUGUUCUUUUGAUCCAGAAGGAUUAAUUUUUACUGCAUGUGUCAAUUCUGAAAUGGUCAAACUUUAUGAUCUUUGCUCUUCCCAUAAGGGGCCAUUUGUGACAUUUAAGACGCAGUAUGAUCGGACUUGCGAGUGGACAGGAGUUAAGUUCAGCAAUGAUGGCAAACUCAUCCUCAUCUCCACCAAUGGCAGCUUCAUCCAUUUGAUCGAUGCAGUCAAACGAGUGGUGAUGCAUACGUUUGGGGGUUAUGCCAGCAGCAAAGCCGUCACACUGAAGGCCUCGAUUACUCCAGACUCGCAGUUUAUUAUGAUUGGUACAGAGGAUGGUAAGAUUCAUGUCUGGAAUGGAGACAGUGGUAUAAAAGUAGCUGUGUUGGAUGGCAAACACACAGGCCCCAUCACCUGUUUGCAGGUCAACCCCAAGUUCAUGACUUUUGCCAGUGCUUGUUCCAACAUGGCCUUCUGGUUGCCCACCAUCGAUGACUGA